AAAUUUCUGUACACAACACAACGUGUUGCAAAACAGAAGAUGUUGAGCAAUGUCGUGAGUGCUUUGGCAUCCCAAAUUGGUGCUAGUGUUCAAGCUAUUAGUUUUCUACUGUCGUUGUUUAUAGGGUACCCUUUGGGAUUCCUCCAUCGUGCCUUCAUUCAUGGAAAACAUGAAAAUAUUCACCAUUUGUACUUCACUCUAACAGGAAUUGCUGUUUAUUAUUUUAACUUUGGAUUACAUUUUGUUCAUCCCCUCAUCAAUAUAAUUGUGAUCUAUGUUCUGCUUAGAGUAGCUGGUGGAUCCAAGAUUUCAGUGGCCUUUGCUUUUAUCUUUAAUUCACUAUAUCUUAUGUAUGGAUAUUUACAAAUAGACCAGGAGGGCUACGCAAUAACAUGGAGCACCCCACACUGUGUCUUAACACUGAGGCUGACUGCCCUCGUAAUGGACUAUUACGAUGGAAAGAAAUCACAGGACAAGUUAUCCAAGGAUCAGAAGGAGAACUAUAUCUCAGACAUUCCUUCCCUGCUGGCCAUGUGUGGCCAUUCCUUCUUCAUCGGUGGAAUGUUAGCGGGGCCGCAGUUUGGGAUGAGGAAAUAUUUGGCCUUCACAAGAGGAGAAUUCAGUGCCCUGAUGGCUAAAGAUGCCUCUAAAGAAAUGCAAAACCAUCCUCCUGCCAGUGUGGGUCCUGCCUUGACCCGGCUGAGUUUAGGUCUAUUCUACAUUGUCCUUUUCCAGGCUGGUAACAUUUUCUUUACCGACGACUUCUUCUACACACCAGAAUAUCAGGAUUUAAGACUACUCACCAAGUGUGCCUACAUUAUGGUGUGGGGACAGCUUCAUUUCAGGAAGUAUGUGGGGAUUUGGCUUAUCUGUGAGGGCAUUUGUAUUUUAAUGGGACUGUCAUACAAUGGAAAAGAUGAGAAUGGUAACAUACUCUGGGAUGGCAUGACCAAUGUUAAACUGUACCAACUAGAGACGUGCAGUACAUUCAAAACAGCCAUCGAAGCCUUCAACCACAACACCAAUAACUGGAUGUUUAGAUACAUAUACAAAAGACUACAGUUUCUAGGUAGCCGUUUAAUAUCCCAGGCUGUUACUCUGGUAUAUCUGGCUGUGUGGCACGGGUUUGCUUCAGGGUACUACAUGAACUUCUUCUUAGAGUUCAUCAUGGUCAACACAGAAAAUCAGAUUAUGGUGCUGGAAUAUAAAAUUCCUAUUUUACACGAGAUCAACAGAUCUCCUACUCUACAACCAUUCCUUUGGCUGGUCAAGAAAAUCUUGUUGUCCUUCUCUGUCAGUUAUGCCUUAGUCAGCUUCUGCAUGUUAACCUAUGACAAAUUUAUACCGAUUUACUCCUCGGUGGGAUAUGCUGGUCAUGUGAUUUAUCUGGGUUUCCCUAUCCUCUACAUGUUCCUAACAAGAGUCAUUCUGACGUCCAAAAAACCAGCCGGAAAAACAAGUUAAAGAGAAAAGGGGAGCAAACCUGAAGCCCAUUUCACUUCCACAGCAGCUACUAGGCAUUUUUAACUGUACACUAUACAGACAUCAGUUUGUGAUUUUUUGAGAAAGAUUUAGAUUUGAUUACUUUUUUUAAUACCACAGAGGAUUUUGUGUAGUACCUGUACAUGUGUCUUAUUCCAUUCCUCUGUAUGAACAACCAUUAUAGCUACAGAAAACAGAAGUAUGUAGUUGAAGAAUAGUGUUAAAGUAGUUUGCAAAAUUUUGGAUGUCUUUCCCUAAGGUAGAAUAAUUUAUGUGUCCAGACUAUUAGAUUAGAAAGUAUUUUUGACUGAUUUUACUUCAUGUGUUAUAGGAUUUGUACAUCUUGAUGCUUGGGGUAUAAAUCUUGCACAGCACAGGUCUGUAAUUAUGUAAUGAAAUGGUAGCUAGACAGAAUUGGAGAACAAACACCCAAUACCUUUACAUGAAAUUUACAGUAUGACAGGUGAUUGGUCAUAACUCACAUUUCAGUGUUGAUAUAGCCCAUGUAACAAUGCAUUGGUUAGUGUAUUUUAUGCAUAAGAUGUCUACUUGUAGUUCUUUUUUGAUGUUUGAUAUUUAUUUAUUGCAUAUUUUGUUAGUUUGUCAGAGAAUAAUUUAUAUCAUCUUUGAAGUACAAAUUGUAUCAAUAUACUGUUACUAUAUGCCUGCCUUUUUUCCAAGUUAUAGAUAUUCCACAGAAUAGCAACUUCUGUUCAGUUUGUGGCUAGAAUAUAACAUGAAAUUUUUAGCUUGACACUAUAUCCCUUAUAUUUACUGGGAUGGUGGGAAAAAUGUCUGUAGAAAAUUUGUGACAGCUUACAUGCAUAAAUUAAUAUCACAUAGAAGAAAAUGUAUUUCUGCAAUAUAUGCUUUAUACUUGCACCCAUCAUUUUAGAUAUCAAGGUUUGUAAUUGAAUAAACUCUUUAUAUAAUUUAAUGUACCCUGGUAAUUAAUGUUUAACUAAAAACUCUUAUUUACAUAUCUAGAUGAAGUCAUAUUUGAAAUUAACAAACACAAACAAGUAGUUGAUUAAAUCUCCCUGAGAUCUGCAAGUCUUUCGAAUACUGUAGAUAAAUCAAAAAAAGUGACAAAUUUAAGAUGGUAUCUAGUUUUAUGAAUACCUUUGUGCAUAUCAAAAGACCUUUGUGAAUAUAUAUACAUGUAUCCUUUUAAAGGUAAUUCUUUCUUUUUAACAGUGGUUAAUGGGAAUGAAUAAUUUGUUAUUUAUAUAAUAACUAUUUAUUUUAAACAUUCACAAUGAUUUUUAAUGUUGUUCUUUUUUCUUGUUCAGCAACUCUCAGGUAUAACAGCUUGGGCUUGUGGGCUUCUUAUAAAUAUAAAUUGUGUGUCCAAUAAUUUUUCAAGUGAUUUGUUUUUGUAUCUUGUAAAAAUAUUACCACAGUAAUAACUAUUUCUAUGUGCCUUAAUUGAUGUGUUUUUAUGAAUGUUUUGAUUUUCUAUUCCACUUGAAGAAGAAUUUUUUUUCAAGGUUACCAGAGUCUCUUAGUUGAUUUAGAUUUGUCUGUGUUCGUCCUUCAUUUGAGAAAUAAACGACCUUUUUUUUUUGUGAA